AAAUGGCAGAAUUUGAUGAAUCAGAUUUAAGACCGUUUACCGGACUUCAGCGACCUAUCACUGCUAAACCAGAGGACGACAUGCAGUCCGAGCUUCCAGGCCCUUCUCGUCCAAUGACGUCGGCAACUCGUCCAAUGACAAGUGGAAGACAAGGACCACCUGGCUCUCGUCCGAUGACAAGUAUGAUUAGUCGUCCUUCUACCGGAUCUGUCCCGGAGUGGAUGAUGGAUGACGACUCCCUGGGACCUGAUCGUCCUAAGACGGGAUACAGAAAACCGGACGGUUCGGUUGAGUCCAGACCUUUCUCCAGACAAGGAUCAGCCAUUGCUGGCGCAGAUCGGCCUUACACAGGGCGACCCAUGACCGGGCGGGCUGGUAGUGCUAUAGGUCGACCGGGCAGCUCAAUGGCAAAUAGAGGGAUACCAGGCACAGCAUCCAGGUUGGUCGAGACUGCUAUGCGUAACAGACCAGCUAGCAGAGCUGGAGUAGGUUUACAGACAGCUGUUAGUGUAGCAGACAGACCUAUAACCCAGCAAGGAUUAACUGGACUAAAAACUGGAUCUGGUCGAGGACCUCAGAGACAAUAUCAGGAUAAAUCCUAUUUCCUGGGAGCUCUGAGAACCAAGAUGGCUGAACUUACUUCGGAAAUAAAUAAACUAAGUCGAGAGGUUGAAUCACAAAGUGAAGAGCAGUCAACAUAUCUAGCUUAUGAUAAAGGAGUUAAAGAAAUAGCUGAGAAACUAACUAUAAGCCAGGGUGUAUUGGCGGAUUAUAAUAUGCUCGUGGAUAAACUAAACACGGAUACGGAGAGGGCAGAUGUUGAGGCGGAAGAAGCUGAGCUGAGGGCAGCUAACGAGCAGGCUGCAGCGGAAGUGGAACAGCUCUGGGCGGAGAAACGAGGAAGAGAAGCUCAGAUUAAUCAGUUAGAAAUAGAAUUAAACCAGGAGAUGAAUAUGACGGAAAACCUUGUGUCUGCAAUGCAUCCUGAGUUACAAGAUCGAUAUAUGCAGCUUAAGUCUGCUAAUAUGCAGUAUGCAAGAGCUGUAGAAGAGAUGAACCAGGAGCUAGAUGUUCUAGGCAGUAGGAAAGCUAUUCUAGAGGAUGAGCUGUCAGUGUCAGCUUUAAAGAGAGAAGCUGCUAAACUGUACGACCAACUGGCAGCUGUACAGAGUAAGAAAGAAGCUCUUCUAUCUGAUGAGAAGCUCCGGGGUACCCCCCAGCAGGAGAGAGAACGGCUGCUGGAGCAGGUUAAGAAUGACAAUGCUGAGAUCAGUACAAUGGAGCGUCAGAUCCUUGAGGUUGGAGAUAAGCUCCGACUGCUCCAGGAGGAACGGGAGCAGUUGGAGCAGGAUAUGGAGGAAAAUCAGUCCGAGAAAAAUCAGAAGUACCGUGAGCUAAGGAAGCGUGAAGAAACGAUGGAUCAAUUUCUCCAGAGUUUUCAGGAGACUAGAGAUCAGGAGUUAAACAGGAUACAAGAACUAGAGCUCCAGGUUGCAUCUACACUAGAGAAUAUAUCAAGGAACCUGCAGCAUGCUGGACAUAUGCCCUCUAGCAAAGCGUAUUCUAGUAUGAAAGAAGAUCUCGCCUUUAAGGAAGGCGAAGUUGAGAAAUCCAAAAAUACUAUUGAAGGACUGGACAGAGAGCAUCAACAACUAGCUUUAAAUCUAGAGAAGAUAGAAGCAUUGGAGGAGAAAAUAAAAACUGAGAUGAGCACUUUGAAGGAGAAGAUGGGAAGAAUGGAAGAAGAAAUGGUUACAUUUAUAGAUUUGGAAAGGUUUGAUUUUGUUUUCCAAUCUUGA